AUGGAAGUACCUCAAGACAUUGCUUUUGAGAUAUUUUCUUGGCUACCCGCAAAAAGCAUUUGCAAGUUCAAAUCAACUUGCAACCCAAUUUCCAAAUUUUCGGAAGAAACACUUUUUAGAAUAAAGCAGACUCAAAAUUUAUUCGGGAAGGAUGACACAUGCUUAUUCAUUCAACCCAAUGAAAUAAGUCAAAGAUACGUCACAGAAAGGGUAGAGUUGCAUUCUUUACCUAAGCACCAACUGUCUUCUGGUGCCCCUAACAAUGUUUUGAGUUUCCUAUCAAAAAAUACAACUAGUGUCAUAGCUUCAAGUAAUGGUCUAGUUCUUUGUCACAACAUUGAUGAUCCGGUUAAAGUUUUCAUAUGCAACCCAAUAACAAAAUCUUGGUCCUCUAUUCCAAUCCCAGAGUCACUUCAAACACAAAAUAAUUUUGCUAAUGCAAAAUUCAUGUUACAUUGCUCUUUAGACGACUACAAAGUGUUUAUUUUUGAAAACACAAUGGAAUGGGCGCCAACUUGUUAUAGAUGCAAUGUUUAUCAUGGCAAGGAAGGUGUGUGGAAAACAAUGGAACAUGGGUUUUUACCUGGUGGAAGGAACAUGGAAUUUGACAUUCCUGUAUUUUUCAAUGGGUCACUUCAUUUUAUCUCGGAUAGUGGUCAAUACUUUAUGAAACCUAGUCCUUUUUAUAAGCCAUAUAUCAUGUCUUAUAAUUUAGAGAAUGGAACUUCAACUAUGCUUAGGUUACCAAGAGAAGCCAUAAGAGGUUGUCAUCAUAUCACAUGUAAGAUGGGCAUAUUCAAUUGGGGAAAAGCUUCUAACUCGAAUGGAUCACUAUGUUUGGUGAAAUUAAGUAAGUCUACUUUUACCGUUUGGUUUUUAGGAGAUUAUGAGUCAUGUUCUUGGGAAAAGGUUUUUAAAAUGAGGGUGAAGGCAAUGGGAUUGAAGGAGAAAGAUCUUGAUGUUACAUCGUUUACAAUUGUGAACGGUAUUCUUUUAGUGUUUGCUACAAAUGAAAGGGUUUAUAGCUGUGGUUUGGAUGACAAAAGAUUUAUGAUGAUUGAAGAAAUAUGCCAACACAAUUGUGGAUCCAACCCCCGCAUUAUCUCCUACUUGGACACUUAUCGUUCUUGUGGGAUUAACGCUGAAACUAUGCCUUGCUAG